AUGGAUAACGCUUCGGUAGCCGUUAGUGAAGAUGCUUUGGAUAUCUCUUCAGACGAGAUAUCUUCAAAAAGACCUCUCUCUUUUGACGAUCUUCCACCUGAAAUUCGAGACCAAAUCUUUGCCAAUCUCAACGAGUCGACGAAAUACUGCAAAUUCCUACGCAAGCCGUAUUUCCUAUGGGAUCGAAGGCUGCCACCUUUAGUUGUCGCCCUUCGGAGUCUUCCACGUUCCCACGAUCAUGCUCUUCAAUGGGUGGCAAAAGAGACUCUGCGCAAGUGCUACGAACCGAAGUAUCCUUCUCAUGGUCGACGUAUGCCUGGUUCCAAACUGAACAAAGCAGAGCUGGCUUCAAUCAUCGGUAUAGGAGUUGAUAUGAGCCUCAUCGUCAACGAUCCCGAUUACCGCUCGAUCGACAAGCCAGCCUUCUUUCAUGAAUGGCUCCUCAGAAUGCCCAAUCUGCGAUCUGUUCACCUUUAUUUCAACUUUGCAAAUGAAGUCCACACUUCCGACACAGAAGAUUUCCUAACCCAGUUUUCCUUCUGGCUGGAAAGCUGCAACCAACUUUCCGAAGUCAAAAUAGAGCUUCCUGUCUAUGGUCUCAGCUACCAUAAGCGCGAGAGUCUGCUGCAAGGCAUAUUGAGAAGAGUUUUUAAGCAGACCGGAGUGCAAGCCAAAUUCAUAGAAAUGGUUCACGAUGAUUACAAUGGCGCUUGCGAAUACACAGAUGCGGAGUUAUGGCACUGGACAGCUCCCGAGGGUCAAUACAUGGACUGGACACAGGAAAUUGGCUGGAAGUGCACGAAGAGAUGCAGUGCUGCUAAGGAUCCAACUUGGAAUUUCUUCCUGGAGUUUUGCAGGUUGGACUUCGAGGAUGAGAGGUUUGUUAUCAAGUGGCAGGAUAGCACGGUACCAAAUUGGGGCUUUACCUACCAUUGGUAA